CCCGUACGGCUCCUUCCGGCCUCCACCUCAACUUCAUUCACAUUUUUCGUACAAUUUUCCGUACGCCUCCGCUCCCGAACAGCCCCGAACGACAAUGCCUCGCGGAUCUCGCUCCGGUAAGGAGGGCAGAAAGGGUGGAAAGGGCACGUCCGGAACCGCUCCAGCCCCGAACGACGCUCCGGCCCCAAACGGAGGCGGCUCGGCCUCGAACGACAGCGGACGCGCCUGUUUGGAGCUGCCCGACUUCCAGCCCUGGGUUCCCCCCAACCAUCCUAGCUGGACGCCCCCAGACACUCGCGUUCACGGCCAUCGGCUCCCGAACGCGGAGCUAGAGGAUGACCAGCCGGACGAGACCGUUAGCGAGCAUUUAACCGCCUGGGUCCUUAAGCACGUCUCCAAGAAUGUUUCCGCCGCCGUUCGUGCGCUCGCCCAGAACUACUUUAAGAUCAAGCGCAUCAUGCGCGUCCGUACCCGUCCGGGCGCGGACGGAACCGCUUACUACAACACUCUCAACCUAAAGCGGGGUGCCAAUUGUGACGCGGCCUUCCACCAUCUGUACGGCAACUUACGGUCCGGAACGGACGCGUGCGGCCCGUGCCAGAGGGGUUUGGGCCCGUUCGACAGCUGCGUUCAGAUCAAUGGUGCCUGCGCGAACUGUCGCUACAACUCCGCGGCUAAGCGCUGCACUCUCUACGUUAAGGACGGAGAUGCUAAGCCUAGGGGUAAGAAGCGCGGCCGUAAGCGUAAGGCCCUUGAUGAUGACGAUGACAUUCUUGACGCCAUCCGUUCCGUCCCCCUUAAGUACCUCCGUACGCUCGCGGACGUCUUUAAUAAGGUCGCCGACGAUGUUGAGGACGAGACUGAUGAGUCUGAUUCUGAUUAA